UAACGUUUUUUUUUGCCUUAAAUACUGUUUGACUGUCAUUGACUUUUUAAUGCACUUACUCACUGAAUAUUUUCACAGCUAAUCUGUGAAAAGCACAUUGACUCUGUUGCCUCGUUAUUGUUAUGUGAUUUCCUUAUGUUACUUUUGAUAAUUUUUGUUUAAAAAAAAGUUUACUUUAGUUGAUUCUGUAAAUGUUUUCUUAACUAUAUUUCUUGAACUGCAAUGGUAGUUAAUGGCUUGUAAGUAAGCAUUUCAAGGUAAUGUCUACUACACCUGUUGAAUUCGGCGCAUGUGACAAAUACAAUACAAUUUGAUUUGAUUUGAUCUACCCACAAUGUAUCUUCUUCAUAUUCCUUAGGCUUACAAUAGAGGCAGGCAGUUAUUGUAUUUCAUUGUAUUAUUAUUGUUUAUCAUUUUUAUUGUUUGUUGUUAUUAUUAUUAUUAGGCCUAUUGUUGUUAUUAUUAUGCUAUUAUACAUGGAAUUUGUGGAUGGGGAUUUGUGAGGUAUAGCUUGGACAAUGUCUUGGAAGGAUUGCUUUUAAUUAAUAGUGAAAUGUUCUGUCAUGGCUUUACGUCAACAAACAUCUUAGCCUACAAGACAUGGUUUUAAAUUCACAACCUCAUUACAAGACGAUUGUAUACAGCCGUAUACCUAUAAACAGAAGGUCGUGGGUAAGAUGUUCUUGUUUUCCCAGGUGCAUUGAGGCAUGUUUUCAAGGUAAAUAUUUUUUCCCAACAUGAAAUAGGCUUUUGUGUUUGCAAAGGGGUAAAGAGGCGGAAAAGAGAGAGGCUCUGAACUGGCUUCCAUGUCAUACACUUAAAUUCUCCAUAGAAUCUCUGAUCUUAACGCGGAAACUUUAUUAAACCCUGAUGGUGGAUUGAUAAGACCGAAUUUCUCUCGGCUUGAUUUUAUUGUGGAGACCGGGGAGGGAUGACAGAGGUAAAUUGCUAUUUUAAUUAAAGCAAUGCACCAGAGGAAAUUGCUGUCUGAAUAUUGUCUCAGAGAUGGGGUUUGUGACAGUUGCCUGGAAACUUCAAUCUGUCCCACAUUUAUUCCAGAUCACAGUUAUAAGAUAAAGUUUAAUACAAAUCUUUGCCCGAAUGAAAUCCAACCCUUUCUUGAACAACAUCUACAAUGAAACAGAACUGCGGAGGAAACGUUAUGUUUAACAUGUAUCUCUCAGAUCCAACAGAACAUCUGUUGAAAGAAAGCAAAAGUGGAUCCUGGAGUCCCUCAAAUACAGGGUCUCAAAAAGGUAGUGGACAGAUUCAGCUAUGGCAGUUUCUCCUCGAACUCCUGUCAGACAGCGCCAACAUGUCCUGCAUUACCUGGGAAGGGACGAACGGAGAAUUCAAGCUAAUUGACCCCGAUGAGGUGGCCCGGCGAUGGGGCGAGCGCAAAAGCAAGCCCAACAUGAACUACGACAAACUCAGCCGCGCAUUGCGGUACUACUACGACAAAAACAUCAUGACAAAGGUCCAUGGGAAGCGAUAUGCUUACAAGUUCGACUUUCACGGCUUGGCCCAGGUGUGUCAACCCUCAACAACAGAGCAAGCGCUUUAUAAAUUCCAGAGUAAUUUUGCCCCUAUUCCCUUUUCAGGGAUUUCCAAGCUAAACCUCGUUGGUCCAGGCGUUGGUCCGUCCGGAUUCUCCUAUUGGCCGGGUUCGCCACCCACUCUCUACCACAGUCACAACCUCCAACCCCCGGGACCAUUUGGUGCUGUGUCCGCUUCGCACAUCAACUGUGUCAACAACAUCAACAACCUGAAUAAUAUCAAUAACCACUACAAUUGACUACUAUUAAUCCACCAAUGAGGCCUAAUCAUAAUUAUCGAUGAUUGAUGUAGUUUAAAGCGUGCCUUUUUGGAUUAGGCCUAAUGAUGAUUUUUCCUUUCGAAAUGUUAUCUUGUGAACCCAAGACAUUGUCUGAUCCUAACUGAAUAUGCCAAGGCGCAAUUCAUUAAACAUUUUGUGCAAUAUUUCAAAUGUAAUAACAUGCGUUUUCAGAUAGGCUAUGUAUUUUAGACUAAACCCAGAUUAAGAACCCUUUUCUUUACAAUUUAUUUGGUCUUUGAUUCGACAGGACACUGGUGCCUACACCUCUGAAAUUGCCUGGGCUUUUAGCGCCAUCACGUGGCUAUUAAUUAAACAUAUAAAUACGGAAUUGUUCUCAGAUAGGUUUGCAGUGCACUAAUUUCAAAGUAGGAUUAUUAGUGCCGGUCUAAAAACAUUAUGGAGAUAAAGAUUUGUCGUCGCCAAUAUAUUACCCGAUGACUCCCACUUUAAAUAGCCUUGGUUAUUUUAAGGUUACAAUGCAGACGUGUUUAUCUCAAUAUCAAAUAAUUUCUGGGUAACUAUUAAGUACCUUACUGUCUUUGUUUUCAAUUCAAAUUGUCAAAAAGAAGAAAAUAGCAAUGAGCAAUUUCUCAAGCAAGAAUUUUGUUAGUACUGUCUGGGAGUGGUCUGAGUGGGAAGGGGAAAACGGUAAAUUAGCUGUUAUUGGCAGAGAGGUUUUGAACUCUCAUUCAUUGCAGACCCUGGUUUGAUUCCAGGCUGUAUCACAACCGGCUGUGAUUGGGAGUCCCAUAGGGCGGCGCACAAUUGGCCCAGCGUCGUCCGAGUUUGGCCGGGGUAGGCCGUCAUUGUAAAUAAGAAUUUGUUCUUAACUGGCUUGCCUAGUUAAAUAAAUGUUAAAUAAAAAUAAAUACAUUCUUGUUGGUCUAUUAACUCAUUUAGCGCCUGGUGAUGUCACCAGGUAGGCCAAUACUCCAUCCCACCAAACAGGCUGAGAUUUCAGUUGGUCUUUUCAAACAGCUCUUACACUAAAAGGGCAUUAUCCUAAUUUUCACAAUUUAACAGUAAUAUUCCAACCUCAUAGUGUGGAAUAUAUUUAUAUAUAUAUAUAUAUAUAUAAAAAAUAAAAUCACGUUUUUGACUGCACUGGGCCUUUAAGCCUACUUUAAACAUACACAGGCAGUCUACGAUACAGUGCAGGUAUGUCCUUUAGUUUUGACAACAACCACGUUUGUUUUUUCAUUUUAUACGUUUUAUUUUGACAUUUUAUGCAUGAAAAAAAGCAAUAGAUUAUUUAAUUAUAAUUUUAAACCUUUUAGAAAUUAUUUAUUUGAAAUUGUAGGCUACAAAUGCCAGUUGAUAUCAUUAAUGAAAUUGUGUGAUGUUAUUUUACAUAGGCCUACAUUUAAUUUUGCCGAAUUAUCACAUAAUGUAUGACAAUGUUUAUAAGUCCGUCAACCAUGUUGUAUAAAAGCAUCAUCCUCAGAA